CAUGCUCCUACACAGGCACAGUCAGCUGAGUUCACACGAGAGCCUGCUUUGAAACAACGUCUACGGCAGCAGGACUCAUGACAUGGCUCCGGUGGACAUCGUGAGUUGGGCUGAGUCGUUGGAUCAGCUCUUGCAGUGUAAAACAGGCCUGUUGGUGUUUGAGGAGUACCUGAGGAGCGAGUACAGCGAGGAGAACCUGCUAUUUUACCUGGACUGUGAGGCGUUCAGGAGUCUGCCCCCAGAGUCCGACAGAACAGCAGCAGCACGAAGGAUUUAUAGAGAAUUUGUGGCCAUUGGAGCUCCACGACAGAUAAACAUCAACUGUGUAACACGGGCAGAGAUCAGGGCCAGUCUCUCAGACCCAGGACCAGACUGUUUCAGCUCAGCACAGAGGAGAGUGCACUCUCUGAUGGCACAAGACUCCUACCCACGCUUCCUCAAAUCUCCGGUUUACCAGGCACUCCGGCUGACUGCCACCAGCACGUGAGAGCUGCAGGACUGUGGCAUAGUCGAUAACACUGUCACCUCACAGCAAGAAGGUCCUGUUCGAUUCUCAGACCACAUAGGGACAUUUUGUGUGGAGUUUGCACGUUCAUUUUUGCCGAAUACUCUGCUUUUCCCAAUCAAUGAAAAUAUGCAUAAUCCUCCACCUUAGUACUCCUGACCAAGAUCCUAAAUCAGUAUCUGGAAAUGGGUCCCUGGGUUCUGGUUUAGCCCCAGAGACUCUGACGGAUGUAUCAAAGAGUACAUAUUUCCUUUGGUCAAAGAGUACACAUUUGUGUGCAGCACACCUAAAAGUAUUCUCUAGGCCUGUCACAAUAAUUACUAUAUCGACUUAUUGUUCAAUAUAUGUGAGAUGGAAAAAUCAUUUUUGGGGACCAACACUCAUCAUGUGUUUUUUACCAGAUCAUGCAAUUUAGUUAGUUUUUUUUUUAUAAUCCUGUUUUAGGGCUAUUGUGUCAGUGGCAUACAUUUGUUUCAAUGUUAUUGUUUAUCAUCUAUUUUCUAAUUAUAUUUUCUUCAGCAAUAUAUAAAUUCUGUUAUCAUGAGUAACCUCUAAAAAAGAAAAAUUGUACUGUUUUAUAAAAAAAAAGCGAUAUGGAAAAGUGCCUUUGUCUUGGUAGAGCACCUGCCCCUCUAAAUGUCGACGCAUGUUGCUUUGUGAGUAAUAUGGAAUCUGUUUUGUGUAUGUCUAUUCCAUGUCAUUAAACUAAUGGAGAUGAGCAGGUGGCACCACCACCAGGU